AUGCAGGACAUUCAGCUCAAGACGGCCUUUAUGGCCUGUCUUGCUAUCUUCCCCAUUUAUGCUGAUGCGUUUUGGCGUCUCCCUUGCCGUGGAAGAACUGGUCUUGCCCGUAUUGAUCCCAUUGUUGAUCCUGGCGAGGUUUCGUCGCAUGUGCAUUCCGUCCAUGGUGGAGGCAACUUUGGUUUAAGCUCUGAUAUGGAUACCCUGCGUGAAUCGGAUUGCACUUCCUGUGGUGUUACGCAGGACAUGUCUGCGUACUGGACGCCAGCGCUAUACUUCAUGCAUACAAAUGGUUCUGCUCAGGUGGUUCCAGAGGUUGGAGGAAUGCUAGCGUACUAUCUCCUUUAUGGAGAGAACAUCACCGCAUUCCCAGAUAACUUCCGGAUGCUUGCAGGAGACCCUUUCCAACGAAACUUCACCUGGCCCGUUCCCGAUCCGCCAAAGUCCUCGUGGUCAGGCGCGCAGAUAUCCCAAAAAGCUCUGCGCCAAAAGGCCCUGGGUUUCAAUUGCUUGAACUACGACAAAACUCCCGAAGGAUCCCUGGAACGCCACUUUCUCCCAAACAAAACUUUCCUCGACGAGAACUGUAUUGACGGAAUCCGACUCGAGCUCAUGUUCCCUUCAUGCUGGAACGGGAAGGAUGUUGACUCGGAGGAUCACAAAUCCCACGUUGCUUAUCCUGAUUUGGUGAUGACUGGAACAUGCCCGGAAGGGUACGAGACGCAGUUGGUCUCACUAUUCUACGAGACUAUUUGGAAUACAUACGCUUUCAAAGAUGUUGAUGGCUACUUUGCAUUGGCGAAUGGGGACCCCACUGGAUAUGGAUACCAUGGCGAUUUCAUGUUUGGUUGGGAAGAUGGCGUCCUGCAGGAAGCCGUUGAUACUUGUACAAGUGCAACCGGCAAUGUGGGCGAUUGCGAACUUUUUGAUAUCCAGUCCGAAGCCGAUCAGCGUCAGUGCUUCUUUGAUGUGCCCGAUCAGCUUGAAGGUGAAAAUGACCAUAUGCAUGCUGACGGGUUGCCGGGAACUAUGUCUAUUGAGUGGGGUCCCGCGUACGCCUUGUCUUGCAAUUCGUCCUCGUCCUCCUCCUCAUCAUCCUCCGCAGAACCCGCAGCUACCACAUGGCCAAAUAUUGUUCCGACUUUGACUAUUCCCGCUCUCUCGAUUAGCUUCUCGGCGGAGGCGAAUGCUCUCGGGAAGGCUAAGGCGGAUGUCGCUGUUUCUGCUGGGGAGGCUGUGCCCACUACUUCCUUCGCUACCUCUGCAUCUACCUCUAGCCCGAUACCAACACCCACAACAUCCAUUGCUAUUGAUCCUAUCACGGAAGAGAUUGUUUACCUGGAGCAGGAUGUCAUUGUGGUUAUUGAUGAGAAUGGUGUUCCAUAUUCAACAAUCAGAGGGGAAGUGCGCACAAUGUCCACAGCGAUAACCACCGCUACUGAAACGUCCACAGUGGUUUCAUAUGUGGAGAAGAGGGAGAAUAUUCUCGCAGAGCCGGAAGUCCAGGACCGUGUUCGAGAACACGCUCGCCGCCACGUCCACCACCACGGUCAUUUGCACCACAAAAGAGAUUGA